AUGGCACAGGUCAGCAAAAUCUACAGUGAAACACAAAAAACACGUGUUUUGCCUAAUGUCCCAGAAACCCAAAUCUCCAAAUCUCUACAUUCAGUUUCAUUUGGAUCAACUCUCAAAACAAGUUUUGCACCUUCUUGCGGUUUGGUUUUGAAGAGCAAUUGCAAGUUGGGAGCAGUAAAGGUUGGGUCUUUGAAGGUUUCCGCUUCAAUGGCAACAUCGGAGAAGCCAUCUAGAGCAUCGGAAAUCGUGCUUCAACCCAUUAAUGACAUUUCGGGCACCGUCAAGUUGCCCGGCUCCAAAUCAUUGUCCAAUCGGAUUCUGCUUCUCGCUGCUCUAUCUGAGGGAACUAAUGUGGUACACAAUUUGUUGAACAGUGACGAUGUUCAUCAUAUGCUUAUUGCUUUGGGAAAACUUGGGCUACAUGUGACACAUGACAGUGAAAAGAAACUAGCCAUUGUUGAAGGUUGCGGUGGUCGGUUUCCAGUCGGUAAAGGGGACGGUCAAGAAAUUGAGCUCUUCCUUGGGAAUGCUGGAACUGCAAUGCGACCGCUUAUUACUGCUGUUAACGCUGCCGGUGGCAAUUCAAGCUACAUACUUGAUGGCGUACCUCGAAUGAGAGAGAGACCUAUCGGUGACUUAGUUACUGGUCUUAAGCAGCUUGGGGCUGAUGUUGAAUGCACUCUUGGCACUAAUUAUCCCCCUGUUUAUAUAAAUGGAAAGGGCGGUCUUCCUGGGGGAAAGGUGAAACUCUCAGGAUCAAUCAGUAGUCAAUACUUGACUGCUUUACUCAUGGCAGCUCCUCUGGCUCUUGGGGAUGUGGAAAUUGAGAUAAUUGAUAAGCUAAUUUCAAUCCCAUAUGUUGAAAUGACUAUGAAAUUGAUGGAAAGGUUUGGGGUCAGUGUGGAGCACACGGAUAGCUGGGAUCGGUUUUUGAUAAAAGGAGGUCAAAAGUACAUGACUCCUGGAAAUGCUUAUGUCGAAGGUGAUGCUUCAAGUGCUAGUUACUUCCUUGCGGGUGCUGCAGUCACUGGUGGGACAGUCACUGUAGAAGGAUGUGGUACAAUUAGUUUACAGGGUGAUGUAAAAUUUGCCGAGGUUCUAGAGAAGAUGGGUGCCAAAGUCACCUGGACGGAGAACAGCGUUACUGUAACUGGACCACCGAGAAAUUCCUCUGGAAGGAAACACUUGCAUGCGGUCGAUGUUAACAUGAACAAAAUGCCAGUUGUUGCCAUGACUCUCGCUGUUGCCCUUUAUGCUGAUGGUCCUACCGCAAUUAGAGAUGUGGCAUGUUGGAGGGUUAAAGAGACUGAAAGGAUGCUUGCAAUCUGUACUGAACUCAGGAAGCUCGGAGCAACAGUUGAAGGACUGGAUUAUUGUGUGAUCACUCCUCCUGAGAAAUUAAACAUGACAGCUAUCGAUACUUAUGAUGAUCACCGAAUGGCCAUGGCUUUUUCCCUCGCUGCCUGUGCCGAAGUUCCAGUUACCAUCAGGGAUCCUGGUUGUUCAUGGAAAACCUUCCCCAACUAUUUUGAAGUUCUUGAGAGCGUUACAAAGCAUUAAACACCUUUUCUACUUCGUUAAACUGGACAGGAAGAAGAGGCUACGAGAGAGGGAAUUCAUUUCCCGGUUAUUAAAGUAAUAGAUCGAAAACCGGUUGAACCUUGUACUGAUAUCAGCUUUGCAUUCUUCUAUAAUUUCGUAUGGGCAGAUCGUGUUCGCUGUUUUCUACUUUCGAUGGCUUGAUAUCGGAUUCCAGACUGUAAUAUUAAACAAU